GAAUGUUACUUCCUCUAAAUAGGAGCCACCUAUUUCUUCACAACCAUAGGACAGGAGCCAUAGAUUUCGUCUCAAAUUUUAGUUUUCGUUGCCUUCGUUGCGGUGCGAAAGUUGUUUCUCUGUGCCUCUGCAAACUGUGGUAUUGUAAAAAGGAAGCCAGUUAACAUGGGACCUGGCGGACCAGGGAGUCCUGGACCUGGGGGACCGGGUUGGGGUCCUGGGCCUGGGGGACCUGGUUGGGGACCUGGGCCUGGGGGACCUGGUUGGGGUCCUGGGCCUGGGGGACCUGGUUGGGGUCCUGGAGGACCUGGUUUCUUUGGGCCUGGCGGGUUUUUUGGUGGGUGUGCAGAUGGUAUAUGCGGUCUUUUAUCUUCAUGCUUCUACUGCCUGUGCUGUUGUUGCUUAUUCCGAGAUUGUUUCUCCGGCCGACACGGCCCAGGCCAAGGCAUGCCACCUCCUCCAUUUUGAAAAGAAACCCACGAAUCUGUCGAGCCAUGUCUGUCCAUUGUUCAUUUACAACGUUGUUUUAGUCGUUCAAAUAAGGUUUUAUGCCUUAGCUAUCUUGGGACCGAAGCCAUUGUUAUUUUACUUGAUAUUUAAUUAGCUCACCGUUUUUUUAAUAAAUAAAUUUUUUUUUUUCACUGA